ACUCCUGAUAUAGCUCAGACUCCUGAUAUAGGACAAUCUCCUGAUAUAGGACAGACUCCUAAUAUAGAACGGACUCCUGAUAUAGGACAAUCUCCUUUUAUAGAAAGGACUCCUGAUAUAGGACAGACUUCUGAUAUAGGACAGACUCCUAAUAUAGAACGGACUCCUGAUAUAGGACAAUCUCCUUUUAUAGGAAGGACUCCUGAUAAAGGACAGACUUCUCAUAUAGGACAAUCUCCUGAUAUAGGACAGAAUCCUGAUAUAGGAUGGACUCCUCAUAUAGGACAGACUCCUAAUAUAGGAAGAACUCCUGAUAUAGGACAAUCUCCUUUUAUAGGAAGAACUCCUGAUAUAGGACAGACUUCUGAUACAGGACAAUCUCCUGAUAUGGGACAGAAUCCUGAUAUAGGAUGGACUCCUCAUAUAGGACAGACUCCUAAUAUAGGAAGAACACCUGAUAUAGGACAAUCUCCUUUUAUAGGAAGAACUCCUGAUAUAGGACAGACUUCUGAUACAGGACAAUCUCCUGAUAUGGGACAGAAUCCUGAUAUAGGAUGGACUCCUCAUAUAGGACAGACUCCUAAUAUAGGAAGAACUCCUGAUAUAGGACAAUCUCCUUUUAUAGGAAGAACUCCUGAUAUAGGACAGACUUCUGAUAUAGGACAAUCUCCUGAUAUAGGACAGACUCCUGAUAUUGGUCGGACUCCUGUUAUAGGAUGGACUCCUGAUAUAGGAUGGACUCCUGAUAUAGGACAAUCUCCUGAUAUAGGACAGACUCCUGAUAUAGGUCAGAAUCCUGAUAUAGGAUGGACUCCUGAUAUAGGACAGACUCCUGAUAUAGGACGGCUCCAGAUAUAAUAGAAAAUCCUGAUAUAGGACAUUCUCCUGAUAUAGGACAUUCUCCUGAUAUAGGACGAUCUCCUGAUAUAGGUCAGAAUCCUGAUAUAGGAUGGACUCCUGAUAUAGGACAAUCUCCUGAUAUAGGACAGACUCCUGAUAUAGGUCAGAAUCCUGAUAUAGGAUGGACUCCUGAUAUAGGACAAUCUCCUGAUAUAGGACGGACUCCUGAAAUAGGACACACUCCUGAUACAGGACUGACUCCUGAUAUUGGUCAUACUCCUUUUAUAGGAAGGACUCCUGAUAUAGGAUGGACUCCUGAUAUAGGACAGACUCUUGAUAUAGGACAGACUCCUGAUAUAAAACAGACUCCUGAUAUAGAACAGACUUCUGAUAUAGGAUGGACUCCUGAUAUAGGACAGACUCCUGAUAUAGGACAGACUGAUGAUAUAGGUAAUACUCCGGAUAUAGGACAGACUCUGGAUAUAGGUCAGACUCCUGAUAUAGGACAGACUCCUGAUAUAGGAUGGACUCCUGAUAUAGGACAGACUCUGGAUAUAGGUCAGACUCCUGAUAUAGGACAGACUUCUGAUAUAGGAUGGACUCCUGAUAUAGGACAGACUCCUGAUAUAGGACAGACUGAUGAUAUAGGUAAUACUCCGGAUAUAGGACAGACUCUGGAUAUAGGUCAGACUCCUGAUAUAGGACAGACUCCUGAUAUAGGAUGGACUCCUGAUAUAGGACAGACUCUGGAUAUAGGUCAGACUCCUGAUAUAGGACAGACUUCUGAUAUAGGAUGGACUCCUGAUAUAGGACAGACUCCUGAUAUAGGACAGACUGAUGAUAUAGGUAAUACUCCGGAUAUAGGACAGACUCUGGAUAUAGGUCAGACUCCUGAUAUAGGACAGACUCCUGAUAUAGGAGGGACUCCUGAUAAUGGGCAAUCUCUUGACGUAGCUGAACUGAAUACUGGAACUUUUCCCUAA